GCAGGCCGGACCCGCCCGCUCGCCCGCUGACAGCGAGGCUUUGGGCGGAGGAAGCGGGUCGGUUGGUCGGUCGGGAACGAGGCUCCCGCGGCCAGGCCCGCGCAGAGCCGUUGCCAUGGCAGCCGCCGCCGGGGGCGCGGACGACGAGCCGCGCUCGGGCCACUCAAGCUCGGAGGGCGAGUGCGCCGUGGCGCCGGAGCCGCUGACGGGCGCCGAGGGCCUCUUCUCCUUCGCGGACUUCGGAUCCGCGCUGGGCGGCGGCGCGGGCCUCCCGGGCCGGGCGUCCGGCGGGGCCCAGUCCCCGCUGCGCUACCUCCAUGUCCUGUGGCAGCAGGACGCGGAGCCCCGCGAUGAGCUGCGCUGUAAGAUUCCCGCCGGCCGGCUGAGGCGCGCCGCCAGGCCCCACCGGCGGCUCGGGCCCACGGGCAAGGAGGUGCACGCUCUGAAGAGGCUGAGGGACUCGGCCAAUGCCAACGAUGUGGAAACAGUGCAGCAGCUUCUGGAAGAUGGCGCCGAUCCCUGCGCAGCUGACGACAAGGGCCGCACAGCUCUGCACUUCGCCUCCUGCAAUGGCAACGACCAGAUCGUGCAGCUGCUCCUGGACCAUGGGGCUGAUCCCAACCAGCGAGAUGGGCUGGGGAACACGCCACUGCACCUGGCGGCCUGCACCAACCAUGUCCCUGUCAUCACUACCCUGCUACGAGGAGGGGCCCGCGUGGAUGCCCUGGACCGGGCUGGCCGCACGCCCCUGCACCUGGCCAAGUCGAAGCUGAACAUCCUGCAGGAAGGCCACUCCCAGUGCCUGGAGGCCGUGCGGCUGGAGGUGAAGCAGAUCAUCCAGAUGCUGAGGGAGUACCUGGAGCGCCUGGGGCGGCACGAGCAGCGGGAACGGCUGGACAGCCUCUGCACCCGCCUCCAGAUGACGAGCACCAGAGAGCAGGUGGAUGAAGUGACUGACCUCCUGGCCAGCUUCACAUCCCUCAGCUUGCAGAUGCAGAACAUGGAGAAGAGGUAGCAAGAGAGGCUGCCUGCCUUCCCGCUCUGCCGCUGCCCCGCCCCUGCCCCCACCGCUCUCUCGGUACCAAGAAAAAGCCCAGUGCCUGGGACUUUGGAGCUGCACUUAUCUGGUGAGGCCCUUGCCCCCAGAUGCCAUGGGGCAGAGAUGCUCUCUCACCGACUUCAGAGCCACUCCCAGCCACGGCCUGUACCAUCUCUGUGGGCCAGGACCACAGCCCCCAGCUUCUUCUCUGCUCCCACAGCACUGCAGCCACGCCUCAGCUCUGGCCGCCGUGCACUGUCCUAGCCGGCCUCACAUGUCCCGUGGCCUCCCCGGCACCCUCAGCAGGCCCCACACCCUUCUCUGUGUCCCUUCCUGGCCAGGGGCUUGUUGCGGCCAGCAGGGUGUGGGCUGAAGGCAGGCACCCUCGGGGGCUUCUUGGCUGGCCCUGCACCCCUCACCAGCACUUAGAUUUAGACUUGGCACCUGACUUUCAAGGAGACCUCACAGUGAGUUUCUCUGGUUGGAAGGGAGGGUCGGUGAAGCCUAGACCUUAGAAAUACAAGGUUAGGAAGGACCCUGCGGAACCCAAAACAGAAAAGCCCCAGCCUUUUUCACCCAGUCGUUGAAAUACCUGGAGGGCGGAGGUGGUCCGUUCUGCAGCCUAGUUGUAGUAGGCUGAAUAGUGGCCCCCCGAGAUGUCUGUGUUGUUAUCCGAAGAACCUGUGAACAUUACUUUAUUGGACAAAAGGGACUUUGCAGAUGUAAUUACAUUAAUGAUUUUUGGACCAGGAGACUCUUCCGGCUUACCCCAGUGGGCUUCAUGUAAUCACAGGGAUCCUUAUGGGAGGAAAGCAGGAAGUCAGAGAGGAAGUAGGAGAUACAGCCGGAGGGGGUCAGAGCUGAGGAAUGCAGGCACCCACAGAAGCUAGAACAGGCAAGGAAAUGGAUGCUCCCUGCAGAGCUUCCUGAGGGAACCAGCCCUGCUGAUACUUUGACUUUAGCCCAGUGAGACUGAUCUCAGAAUUCUGACCGCCAAAACUGUA